GGUGCGCAGACGCUCUUGGCGGCGAAUCGGCGGUUUCCGGUUCCGCCGCCCUCUUUUUCUUCACCCAGGCGGCCGAGCAGCAGGCGCAGAGAUGCAGAUCUUUGUGAAGACCCUGACGGGCAAGACCAUCACCCUUGAGGUCGAGCCCAGUGACACUAUUGAGAAUGUCAAAGCCAAAAUCCAAGACAAGGAGGGCAUCCCACCUGACCAGCAGCGUCUGAUCUUCGCGGGCAAACAGCUGGAGGAUGGCCGCACUUUGUCAGACUACAAUAUCCAGAAAGAGUCCACCCUGCACCUGGUGCUUCGUCUGCGAGGCGGCAUCAUUGAGCCUUCCCUCCGCCAGCUCGCUCAGAAAUACAACUGCGACAAGAUGAUCUGCCGCAAGUAUGUGCUCACGUGUGGGGGCGGGGGCUGCCCUGGGGGUGGUCCGGAUGUGCCCUCAGCAUCCCUGGUGUCCUUGCACAGGUGUUACGCCCGCCUGCACCCCCGUGCUGUCAACUGCCGCAAGAAGAAGUGCGGCCACACCAACAACCUGCGCCCCAAGAAGAAGGUCAAAUAAAGCUCCUCCACCUGCUUCUCCUUUGCCCGCAGGGCGGCCUCCUGCCCAAGCCCCGUGGUCCUGGGGCCUCAAUAAAGUUUCCCUUUCGUUGACUGGAGCAGUAA